AUGGCGACUCAUCCGUCACCACACAACUCUACCGACUUCCCCGACACGCCUUUUAUUCCAUACACCGACGUUGUGCUACGCCUCCUUAGCAUGCACUUCAAGGACACACCCUACACUCUCACCCCGCCACCUUUAUCGGACGAACAUGUCGAUAUGGUCAUGGACUCAACGGAGGUUAGCCCUCCAGUUGAAUCUCACGCUUCCACAUCGAAUGAACCGUCAACAACGUCUUCCCACCUUCCGAAUCAACCUCUCAACCCAUUCCCAUCCAUUUCUCGACCUGCCUCCCCUGGUGGAGAUGUCGAAAUGUUUCCGGCUGAGGAAAUCUCUCCAAAUGACCAUGAGAUGGACGACUCGCCACCCACUCUGUCAGCUACAGGUCAAAACACACCGCUUCAGGAUGCUCUGCAAGAAUUGGAUUUGGACGGCUGUUCGACGCACUCAGACGGGUUGACAGAUGACGAAGAGGACGAAUCUGGUGUAGUAGAAGAGAUUGUUGUGGAAAGAAACUCGGACACCGACGAAACGGCUUAG